AUGCUUGAAAAUUUAUGUAAUUAUGUUGGAUGUCUACAUAGUGAAAUGGAAUGUUCUCAUAUAAUUAAUUUAGCAAUGGAAGGUAAAUUAAUUAGAUUGAAACGCCGUCUUACUGAAAAAGAAAAAAGGUCUAUUAGACCAGGACAGGCUUUUAUUUAUUUAGAAGAAGAAAGUGGCAUAAUAAGAUGGACAGAUUCUAAAUCAUGGACACCUUCAAGAGCACUAGGACCAUUUAUGAUGUAUAUUGAAAAAAGAAACGAUCCGCCAUUAAUAAAAAAAAUAUAUACAGCAAAAUUUCAAAAUAAAAUUGUACAUCUUGUAAUUUACAAUGUGUACAAUCAUGAAGAAAGGGGCAUAUGCUGUGAGAUUUAUUCACAAAUAAGAAAAAUUAAUAUACCAGAAUCAUAUAGUAGAAUGGCAAGAACUUAUUUAAAUGAUAAAAAGAAAAGAAAUAAUAAAACGUGUGCAAGUAAAGAUAAUUAUACUAAUAAAGAUAAUUAUACAAAUAAAGAUUAUUAUACAAAUAAAGAUAAUUAUACAAAUAUUAAUUUUAUUAGUAAUUUAAAUUAUUCAUCUGAUGAAAGUCUAUUAACCAUAAAAGAAAGAUUUUUACAAUAUUCUCAAGAACAAUAUAAAAAUACUCAAUAUAAAGAUUUAUAUAAAAACACCUUCUUUUUAAAUAAGCCUAUUGAUCAAUACAGUAAAGUAAAACAAGACUGUGAUGUUUCAGGAAAUUUAAAUUAUACUGACAAAAUUCCUUGUAUACCAAUUGACCCUUUAUUUUCUGAAGAUGAAAAGUUAGAAGAUUGUAAAAAUAAGAAAUAA